CCAGGAAAGUUCAAUACUUUUUCGGGAAAACCUCUCUAAAACCCUAGUGCUGAACCUCAAUUUCCAUGCUCAUUAGAUGGAAACCCCUCCGUUUCCUUGGAAAUUACGGAAUUCUUUCUCCUCUUUCUUCCCUUAUCUUCUCUAAACCCACGGUCUCCGCCGCCAUGGUAGUAGACGAAGCACAAUCCAGCCCCCCAAUUUCUAGGGACCCUGUUCGCGAGAUUCUUUUGGGAUUGAAAAGUUCAGGCUUUCGCAGGUUUCUUGGUGGGGAUUAUUUUAGGAGUCUUGCUUUGACUUUGAAUCAGGUUCAAGUUGAUCUAAUUGUCCAUGAUUUGAGGGUUGUGAACCCGGAUUUCGCGGUCUUCUUCUUCGAUUUUUUGAGGGAUGAGUAUGGAUUCCGGCAUUCGGCUGUUUCACGGUUUGUUGUCUCGCAUGUCUUUGCAGACCAGAGGCGUUUCAAGGAGUUGCGUUUUGUUUUAGAGAAAAUGCUGGAGGAAGAAGGCUCUGGUAAGGCUCCUUUGAUAUGUCAGCUCCUCCUGAAUGGCUUUAAGGAUUGGGACUCAAACGGUUUGGUGUGGGAUAUGUUGGCUUUUGCUUAUUCGAGGUCUGAGAUGGUUCAUGAUGCCCUUUUUGUUCUUGCAAAGAUGAAGGACCUAAAUUUGCGUCCUUCAGUACUAACCUACAACAGUCUUUUGUACAACUUGAGGCACACUGAUAUCAUGUGGGAUGUGUAUAAUGAAAUCAGAGAUAGUCGAACUCCUCAAAGUAGGCAAACUAAUUCCAUAAUUAUAGAAGGCCUUUGUGGGCAAUCCAAACUGCAAGAUGCAGUGUCAUUCCUACAGGAGACUAAAGGAGAGGGACUUGGGCCUUCUAUUGUUUCAUUCAAUUCCAUCAUGUCAAGAUGCUGUGAAUUAGGUUUUGCAAACACUGCAAAGUCAUUUUUCUGCAUGAUGAUUAAGCAUGGUCUAGUUCCUGAUGCAUACAGUUAUAAUAUUCUCAUUCAUGGACUCUGUGUAGCUGGUUCCAUGGAUGAAGCGCUGGAGUUCACUAAUGAUAUGAAGAAGCAUGGUUUGGAGCCUGAUAGAGUAACCUUCAACAUUCUUGCCAAGGGGUUCCACCUCCUUGGUUUGAUGAAUGGAGCUUGGAAGGUUAUCCAAAGAAUGUUAACCAAAGGGUUAGAUCCAGAUGUUGUUAUGUACACAAUACUGAUAUGUGGCUAUUGCCAGACUGGGAAUAUUAAUGAAGGAUUGAAGUUGCGGGAGAAGAUGCUUGCACAUGGUUUUCAGUUGAGUCCCAUCAUAUACAGUGUCCUGCUCAGCAGUUUGUGUAAAAGGGGGCGGAUGGAUGAAGCUUUGUUCCUGUUUUCUGAAUUAGAAGCUAAUGGCUUGGAGCCAGAUCUUGUAACCUACUCUGUCCUAAUUCAUGGUCUUUGCAAACAAGGAGAAAUUCAAGAGGCUCUCGAGCUAUAUAGGGAAAUGUACGCAAUAGGAAUUCUCCCAAACUCUUUUUCAUAUGGGGCUAUCCUGUUGGGUUUAUGUGAGAAAGGGAUGCUAGCAGAAGCAAAAGCAUAUCUUGAUUCUCUAACAAUGGCGAACUUGACUCAGGAUGUUGUAUUGUACAAUAUCAUGAUUGAUGGGUAUGUAAAACAUGGUUAUGUUGAGGAGGCUGUACAGUUAUAUAAGUUAAUAAUUAGAAAAGGGAUUACUCCAAGCAUUGUCACAUUCAAUUCUCUUAUUCAUGGAUUCUGUAAAAGAAGAAACUUUGGAGAGGCUGAAAGCUUGUUGGAUACUAUUAGGCAGCAUGGUUUGAAACCAAGUGCAGUGAGUUACACCACUCUAAUGGAUGCAUAUUGUGAAGAGGGAAAUAUGACCAAUGUGCUCAAAUUGUUUGAAAAACUGAAGGCCAGUGGUGUCAGUCCAACGCAUGUCACAUAUACUGUAAUUAUCAAAGGUCUUUGCAAACACUGGAAACUGCAUGAGGCUGAUCAAAUGCUUAAGUAUAUGUAUUCUAGGGGUCUAAACCCUGAUCAAAUCACAUAUAAUACAAUCAUCCAUUGUUUCUGCAAAGCUCGAAAUGUGACAAAAGCAUUAGAGUUAUUCAAUGAAAUGAUGCUGCAUAAGCUGGAGCCCACACCUGUUACAUAUAAUGUCAUUAUAAAUGGUCUUUGUGUAUAUGGUGACCUAAAGGAUGCUGAGCAGCUUAUGGUUUCUCUUCAAGAACAAAAUAUCAAUUUGACAAAAGUUGCAUACACCACAUUAAUCAAAGCACAGUGUGUGAAGGGUGAAGCUCACACUGCCAUCAACUUAUUCUGUCAAAUGGUAGAGAAGGGGUUUGAAAUUUCAAUAAGAGACUAUAGUGCUAUUAUCAAUAGAUUGUGCAAAAGGUGUUUGAUAACUGAGGCACUUUUUUUCUUCCGUUUGAUGUUAUCUCAAGGGAUUUCCCCAGAUCAAGAAAUAUUUGAAGCUGUGAUCGGUGCUGCUUCCUGUCAGGGCAGUGAUGUCAAUUUGGUUCAUGAGCUGCUUGCAUGGAUGACCAAAUCUGGGUUGCUUCUGGAUAAAUUUAUUAGAAAAUAGUGAUUUUCAAGCAUUUUGUCUUUGGGAAGAGCUGUCCAAUUAUUGAUGCCAAGCAUUGCCUCAGGUUCCUUAAGGCUGAUUGUUUUGUGUCACGGGUGCUGAAAUGACACUGCACAAAGUUUGCUGCUCUGCAAUCAACCCACUAGGCUGUCGGGAUUAUAUCCGACUAGGUACUUUCCUUGGCAGCAGUUUUUGCUUCACAACUUAUCAAUUCUAUAUUGCAACCAUGCUGUGGCUGCUCUUCUGCUGAUUCCAAAUUUGAUUGAAAUGAAUUUGCAACCUCUACCUCUUCAGCAUGCUGUGAAUCAAAGCUGUUCUAAUCGUAUGACAUAACAGAAACCAUUGCUUCUUGUACCAGUACCAUAGAUGUGAAAUAUGGUUGCAGAGAAAUUGAUGCUGCCAAAUCAUGCUGAAGCAUACGAUUUUUUUUUUUUUUUGGUAUUAACUCUCGGUAUCUGAUAAUCGCAUUGGGUCUUGACUAAUUCAGAAUUGAGUCGCGUCAGACUUCAUUAGAGGGAAGCUCUCUUAGUGACUGGUUUUUCAUUCAGAAGAUUCGAACUGAAGACCUUAAGUAAGUAAGAGGAAUUUAACUCUUUUCACUUGAACCAAUAGAUUGUUGGUAAAUCAUAUAAUUUUCUGGUGCGAUAUGAUUCAUACUUUGAGACCAAUACUAGAGAUGGAUUUUGGAAAGCGGAGGAUAUGAUUCAUACUUUGAGACCAAUACUAGAGAUGGAUUUUGGAAAGCGGAGGAUCUCUCUCAUUGAAAUUAUGUAAAAAAUUUAAUAAAAAUAGGCUUCUUUA